AUGAUGGCGGCUCUUUCGCUUGUGGUGGAAGGAGAAUUGCAGCGUCUCACUCACUUAAACCUGGAAGCAUCAGCAGAUGCCGAGCGUCUCGCUGACCUGGCGGUCGGCGUGGGCGUCUUUGUGCGCUGCCAGCUGGCGGCGCGGGCAGCAACACUUCGGCAGCUAGUGGCGGAGGCGGAGGAGGCGGAGCGGCAGCUUGCUGACCUGGAAGGAGUGGUUGUUGAGCUGGAUAGAUUCACUGGGAAGCUUGAACAAGCCGUGGCAAAAGCCCUUAGGGAGGGGGUGUGA